AUGGACCAAUUAGCAUUAUCAUCAAUCUCUAACGAGCUGCAAGUUCCUAACGAAAAAUACUUUUCACUCUCGGAUGGUCGUCAAUUAGCGUAUACUGAACAAGGUGAUACCGAUAGUAAUAAAAUUAUUAUCUUUUUUCACGGAGCAUUUGGUGUUGGUCAUUCUUUAAAUCAGAAUAAUUGUUAUAAAGAAAUUAGAUAUCAUUUUAUUAUGCCUACGCUUCCUGGUUGGGGUAAUAGUUCAUCAUGGCCGAUAAAUCAGCCAAUUUCAAAUUAUCCUAAUGAUAUUCAUCAAUUACUAUCAUUGUUGAAGAAAAAUGUUAAUGAAAAUCUUCGAAUUGUUGUAGCUGGUAGCAGUUAUGGAUCUGUUUUUGCUCAAAUUUGCUUUGGUACAUCAAUUGAUAUAAUGCCUGAAAUUAUCAAUAUUCAAUCAUUAAUUAUCUUAUCUGGUUUCUCACCAUUUAAAUAUCAUAAAAAAUAUACUACUGGAAUGACUUGGUCCAAUUAUUUUGCAAUCGGUAAACCGGGUAUCUAUUUUCCUGUUAUUUUAAAAUUAGUAGGAUUAUAUAUUCAAAAGAAAGUUCGUCAUAUUGAAGAAAUCAAAAGACUUGUACGAAAAAAAUUCUUUGAUCAAUUGAGUGACGAGGAGAAGGUCAAGUUAAGUAAAUGGGAAGAAGAAAAUAAUAAGACAGCAGAAUGGGCUAUUGAUAUAAUAUCAAGAUACUGGGGUUUUGAUCCAAAGAAGCUUGCAUCAACACCAAAACGAAAAGUAUUGAUUGUAGCUACACAAGGAGAUGAAAUUUCUCAUAUGGAAAUGUCAACAUAUUUAGUUGAAAGUUAUCCUAAUGCAGAAAUCAAAAUUUUUAGUGGAGGUCAUUUGGGUACAUUUUUUGAAUUGGAUAUAAUUAUAAAAAAUUGGCUGAUAGAUCUUGACAAAGAAUUUGAUGAAAGAACAUAA